GUAUAAGCAAAAUUGUUAUCUAAGGCGUGAACCAACGCUCGUAAAGUACUAAAGUCGUAAACAGUGAACUAUUUAUUAUUUUAAAUACAAUUUAAUAUUUAGUUUUAAAUACCUACCCAUACUUUUUAUUUUUUACGUAAAUUAUAAGUUAUAACUAUUAUUUUAUAUUCAACACCGUAUGCCAUUAGUUAUUCAAGUAUUUUAAAACAGUCAUUACCAUGAGUUCUGACAAAAUUGACUAUCCGAAAGCAUCUAAACUAAUUAGUGAUGCUGGAGUUAUCAUUUACAUUGGAGGAUUUCUCUUAAUCAUUGCAUUUAUAAGCCCUUAUUGGUUGGAAUCAUAUGAUGAAGCUUUCAUAAAUUUUAAGCACAUGGGUUUAUGGACAUACUGCUUUGAUCACUUCCGAUACCCUCAUUAUCAAUUUGAAAAACUCUUUGAUGGCUGCAAUACAGUAUUCAGUGAAGAAUAUUAUGUUAUUCGAGAAUGGUUAUUACCAGGAUGGCUGUUGUUUUUGGAACUUUGCAUGACUUUAGCAAUAUUGUUAUCACUCGGAACUUUAGGAAUAAUUGCUGCUGUUAUAACAAGAUAUCCUCAACGUCUCGUACUUAAAUAUGAGUACAUGCUAUCAGCUGCAUGUUUCUUAGCAACUGCAACUACUACUGUAUUGAUCUUCCUUACUGUAUGCCUGUUUCCAUUCAACUGUUGGAGACGUGAUUGGCUCAUGUAUCCUAUGUAUAAUCAUCUAUCGUGGUCAUUUUAUAUUGCUAUUGUAUCAGGUUUUGUGCAUGCAUAUGGAGCAUGGUAUUUGUUUAAGGAUGCACGAAUUGCUUAUGAACAAAGAAGAGAGAGCAAAAAUUUAGUCAUGCAAAUGUAUCCUCCUCAUGAACGAAACUUCUAUGAUCAAUAAUACAUCAUUUACUUUCUAAAGAUAUUUUAAAUAAAAGACAAAUCCGUCCAUUAGAAAUAUAACAAUCCGUCCAUUAAUAUUAACUGUUUAAUUUUGUAUUUAAUAAUUUAUUUAAUGAUAUAUAAUUGUCUAUUAUUGUGACAAUUCAUCUCAUCUAAAAAAAGUAUUAUAAUGCGUUAUUAAUAAUGUUGUGUAUAAUUAUUUUUUAUUUUAUUAUGAGAAUGUCAUACCUGAAUAUUAU